AUGUCCACAAAGCUGGGCGAGCUCCCGGACGAGCUGCAGCUCGCCGCCGCCAACCACGUGAAAUACAUCCAGUCUCUCGACACGCGCAAGGACGAGUAUGACUACUGGCUGACCGAGCACCUCCGCCUCAACGGCGUCUACUGGGGCCUCGUCGCCCUGCACCUGCUGGGCCGCCCGGACGCCCUCCCGCGCGCAGGCACCAUAGACUUUGUGCUCUCGUGCCAGCAUGACAGCGGCGGGUUUGGCGCCGCCCCGGGCCACGACGCCCACAUGCUCUACACCGUCAGCGCCGUGCAGAUCCUCGCCAUGGUCGACGCCUUUGACGAGCUCGAGGCGAGGGGGAAGGGCAAGGCCAAGGUGGGCGAGUUCGUAGCAGGCCUGCAGAACCGUGAGACAGGCACCUUCGCCGGCGACGAGUGGGGCGAGGAGGACACCCGCUUCCUCUACGGCGCCUUCAACGCCCUCUCCCUGCUCGGGCUGCUGCACCUCGUCGACGUCGACAAGGCCGUGGCGCACAUCACCGCCUGCGCCAACUUCGACGGCGGCUACGGCGUGAGCCCGGGCGCCGAGUCGCACUCGGGCCAGAUCUUCACGUGCGUCGCGGCGCUGGCCAUCGCGGGCAAGCUCGGAGCCGACGGCGACAAGAACCAUCUCGUCGACGCAGACCGCCUCGGCCGCUGGCUCGCCGAGCGCCAGGUCCCGGGGGGCGGGCUCAACGGCCGCCCGGAGAAGGACGAGGACGUCUGCUACAGCUGGUGGGUCCUCAGCAGCCUGCAGAUCAUCGGCCGCGCCCACUGGAUCGACCGCGCCGCCCUCGUCCGCUUCAUCCUGCGCUGCCAGGACCCCGAGGGCGGCGGCAUCGCAGACAGGCCCGGCGACAUGGUCGACGUAUGGCACACGUGCUUCGGCAUGACCGGCCUGAGCCUGCUGGGCUUCCCGGGCACGGAGCCUGUCGACCCCGUGUAUUGCAUGCCGAGGUCGACGAUAGAGAGGGUGCUGGGGAAGUAG